UGCCGACGACGUCGGCAUACGGCCAGCCAGCGGCUGCGACACCGGCCGCUCUGGAGUUCGCGGAGGCAGCAGCGGCAGCGGAGGCGACCGACGUGUACGGGGAUGCUCUGCUCGGCCGUCCACAGCUGAUGCGUACCACGGGCACCGCCAGCGACGCGUCCGCCAGCUCCAUGCUCGUCGUGGCGCCCACAUCGCCGCCACCCAGCGUGCUGGCGACGGACGACAGCAUGAGCGACGACGUGUUCGAGUCCCCCGGGCAGGACCAGAGCCAGAGCGAGGCGCUGUCGGCGCCGCGGGCUGCCGCCGCCCAGGCGACGCCCAGCCCCACCGGCUACCGCGACUACCAGCCGCCCGCCGAGGCGCUGCGCCUCUACAACGCGGACUCUCCGGCGCACAGCCCGGCCGUCGCCGCCGUCGCCUCGGCCGCCGUCACGCCCAGGGACGCGCACGACCUCGUAGAGCAGCCCGUGCACAAGACGAUCCUGCUGGGUGACAGCGGCGUGGGCAAGACGUCUCUGCUGGUGCAGUUCGACACGGGCCGCUUCCAGAGCGGGUCCUUCUCGGCCACCGUCGGUAUCGGCUUCACGAACAAAGUGGUGACGGUGGACGGCAGCCGCGUGAAGCUGCAGAUCUGGGACACGGCGGGCCAGGAGCGCUUUCGCAGCGUCACGCAUGCCUACUACCGCGAUGCACACGCACUCCUGCUGCUGUACGAUGUGACGAACAAGACGAGCUUCGACAACAUCCGGGCGUGGCUGGGGGAGAUCCGCGAGUACGCCCAGGAUGACGUCGUCAUCAUGCUGCUGGGCAACAAGGCAGAUUGCGGCUCAGAUCGGUUGGUGAGGAAGGAGGAUGGUGAGCGGCUAGCACGAGAGUACAAUGUUGCCUUCAUGGAAACCUCUGCUAAGACUGGCCUCAAUGUUGAACUCAGCUUCCUGGCUGUUGCCAGGGAGCUGAAGUCACGCAAGAGUGGGAAUUCAGAUGCCAACAAGUUCAACGUACAAGAAUAUGUGCGAGAACAGGCACAGCGUGGCUCAUGUCCACCUUGCAACACGUGAGCUUUCAGGACUGUUGUCUCUGAUGUGUUAAGAAUGUUUUGUACCUGCUAGCGUGUUGCACAUGGACUGAUGUGUCAUCUACAACAGAUCUGAAUACUUAAGACACAAUGAUAUAUUAUGAAUAGCCUUCAUUCAGUUGAUUUUAUUAGUUCGUUGCAACAUUGUAAGUUACCCAGUCACAAAAACACUAGCGUACUCUAUGCAAAUAUAAUGUCACUGACAUUGAUAAUUGGGUAUAUUUCCCAUGGAAGAAAUUAAAACUAAAAUCUUGAACACUGGCAAUGGAUGCCUCCAGUUACAUUUUGUCAAGGUAAUGCUGCUACACUCCAGCACAUUGUUUUGUGCAGAACUAUUGAUAUGAAAAUAAAAGAUACAGAGACUGGAACAAUCUGUUCAACAUAUCAGUAACAUUUGUUUUCAUCAUAGAAUGUAAUGCUUAGUUACAGAAAAUAGUCUCAUUCAGUUUAAUAAAACUAUUUUUAUGCCUAUAAUCCUUCAUUCACAUCACUAAAAUUGGACCAAUUAUGUCCCAUUAGAAUAAUGUUUGAAAUGCUGCAGGGUCAUUUAACUAAAACAACUUUCAAAUGAGUGCUUCUUCUUUCAUAGUGAAUAACUGUACUGAGUAUUUUUGAUAAGCUAUUUAGCUUAGUGGGAAACACAUCCAACCAAUUAAGCUUAUUUCAACAUUAAUUAGUUUUUUUUUAAAUACAACCCCUCAAAUAAUUCAGUUUUUAAUUCAUGUCAGUUCAGAUUAAUCUUUUAUUUGUAACUAUACUCCUUUUAUCCUCAUUUUGUUGAAUACAAUAGGAAUACUACUUUGAGGUGUUAUUUAAACUACUGAUUCCAUGAAUUAUUUUAAAAAUAAAACUUCUGAAGGCUCAGUGGGUGAUAGCUAUACAUGUUCUAUUUUUCAUAUUUCCAGAGAGAGUAUAUUUCAAAUUUAUCCACAAAUACAUCACAUUUUAUCUUUCAGAUACUAAACCCAAAGAGCUGUUCACCCCCCCCCCCCCCCCCACAACUGCCCCCCCCCCCCAAAAUCAACAUUUCAGAUACUUUGUGAAUUCAGUUAUAGUAUUCUCAAGCAGAGAUCAUUUCUCUGUCCACCAUCCCCCUCCUCCCGCCACUUGAUUAAAAACUAGUCUCAGCUGUUGCAACAAUAUACACACUGCAUUUUAUUACAUCCUUUUAAUACUGACAUUAGCAAAUAGCAUAUACAGUUAUUAUUUAAUACUGCUCUAAAAAUAUUUCAGCUAAACUAUGUCAGCUUAUACUCAUAUGAAGCUCUUACCUUUACACCUGAAUUAUUAUUUCUCAUAGUUAAUUUCAGGUAUGAUGUUUUAUGACUACUGUCUUCCACCACUCUUUAUGUUUCUUAUCCUGACAUUCAAAUGUAAAUAACCAUAAAAUUCACUGUAUUAUUCACAGUAAUUAUGGACAUGCAAUGUUACUCAUUAUUUUCAUGUACACAGUGAGAUUUGGUCUCACUUGACAAUAAUGUUACCUUGGAGAUUCAUGGUACUUGCUUACUGUCUUAUUCUUUGAAUACAUGCAAAAGUUUCUGUCUUUGUUAAAACUGUGUGUUUUUUUCCCAGUAGGGGCUCUGAAAUAUACUGACUAAUGAAGCCACCUUCUUCUUAUGAAGGAAAUCUGUCAUACAAUCCACUAUCAAAAUUGGUAAUCAUGUCUGCACUUUCAUACUAAAUAUUUAUUUCCCUGUAGUUAAAAGCUAUUUUUCUUUAUUACAUCUUUUUCCUGUGUUACACUUUUAACUUAAUCCAUUGUAACAGGAAUACCUUUUUCCUUAGAGCCAUUACUAGAUGCACUAAAUCAAAUGAAAAAGUGUAAAAUGAGGAGCUAGAAAAGUCCAUUAAUUUUGCCACAGAAAUGAAGCAGCUCAUACCAAAUUGAAGACAGUGCUCAGUGCAUAGUCCCAAGCCAAAAUGGUACUCUCUGUGGUCAUAAACUAGUGAUAACUGCCAGUUUAAGAAACUGCCAGCAAAAAUAUGAUCAAAAUAGCCAUGUGGCAUUAGUCCUUAGGGUACAUGGCUACUCUCUUCAUAUAUUUUCUUUAUUUAUAACAAAAAUAGACCAUAUAAAACAUAAAAACAUUAGUGAGGGUCAAGUGUAAAAUUAACUGACAAUUUCAAUUCUAAAAAUUUAAAGAAGUUCUUGACAAACCAUUAAUCUCACAGGAACAAUUGAGACAGUGGCUGGAAAAAGGGAUAUAGACAGAAAUCAUGUUUUGAGACAUAGAGCUUUAAAAUUUUGUUUUCUGGUUAUAAAAUUAUUUCAUUUAUACUCCACUAUAAUUCUUGUGUUCUGAGUUAAAUACAAGCUUCCUUAUUAGAAUAAGUUCAGUUUCUUGACAUUUAUAUACUUAUUUCAUUAGAGUAUGAGUCUUUAAAAAGCUUUUUCUACCCAGCAAAUACUGUAAUAAUUGAUUACAAAAUAAAAAACCUGUAAACAGAAUAUUAUUUAUGCAGAUAAUGCAAUUUGUUACUGAAGUCAAAAAUGAACACUCUUUUUAUAAAUAAUACUAUUGCUAACAAUAUCCAAAUGUAAUCAGUUAAUACCUACAAGACAUGCAAAUCACCUUCAUUAUCAGAUAUACUUCCCUCUGGAGUAGCUGGGUACCUUUACACUACAAAACUUUCAGUUCAAUCUUGCCUGGUCUGUGAACUGGCAUAAGUUUUGAACAUCCUUUAUCUCUGUGGCAUUUACCAACACUGGGAAACAAUCAUUAAACUGAAUUGAUUGGAGUGUUUGUAUGUCAGAUAAAAAAAAAAAUGAACAUAACUUAGUGUGUAAGUUCCUGAAGCACAUAAUGUUCCAUCUGUUUUGUAUUGUAGCCAUACUCUGAAUUCAUCUAGAAAAAGGAGGCCUGUAGAAAGAACUUGCUCAUUAAUCCAUUCCAGGCUCUGAUUAUAUCAGCAUUAAAUCAAGCAUUGAAUGGUGGAGAGUAGCAUAAACUGAUUGCUUCAAGGUACGGCUUAACUGUAGGAUUAGUGGUUUCCUUCUUUAGAGUCUACGAUAAAAUUUCUAAUGCACAAGGAGAAAAAGUGUCCACAUAUUGGGAAGAGAAGUAGUAUAAUGACGUUCCAUAUGAACAACAAGUAAUAAUACAUCUACAGCGGUCUUUUGUAAAAGUACCUGGUAACAUUCAGCUUUGAUGCCAGAAAAGUUUUGGGCAUCAUUGAAUUCUAUGGCAAUACAUCUCUCACUGCCUUUAGCUUCCUCUAAAAUUUCUCUUUUGAUUUCAAAGUAUUUUUCAAUCUUUUUCUUGUGAAGUAAGUGGUCAACUCUUCAGCUGUCAUAGGACUAUGUGCAAGUUUCCUCUCACACUGUGAACAAUAGUCACACACAUCAUUUUUAGAUUCUUAGAAUGACAAUCUACAUUUCUGUGUAAAGGAUUUGAAGUAUGUAAUAGCUUUACCAUUUUGAUCCUUAAAAUAUUUCCUGAACAUUUUGUAAAGUACUUUAACAUUUAAACCUGGAUCAUCAAAAUAAUAAUAGAUUUACUUUGACAGUAAUGACUUCUUUUUUUUGUACAGGUGCUUUGUCAUCAACUCCCAUAUAUGUUGACCAAACUCAAUGGCCUGUUAGCAUGAGCACCUUUUGCUUUCUGAAAAGAUUUAUUUAACACAACUUUCUCCUGAAUGCAGGACACUCUCUGAACACCAACCUUAAGUUAAGUUAAUAAAAAUUGGCUACAAAGUUUGACUUCUAUUUCUUGCAGAUUUAGCCUAUAUGCCAAAAAUGUGAUCAAUUCUUUGCAGUACUUAGAGGUAUAGUUUUUGGUUCAUUACUUAUGAUAAAAUUAGCUUGUAUCAUUAUGUUAUAUUUAUAUAGACCCACUUAACUAAAACCUUUUGAAUAAUUAUUAUUGAUAUUCUUCAUUUAAAUGUUUCUUCUUGCAAUGUUCGUCUGGCAACAGCCCUUUAUACAUGCAAAUAUGUUUUCCAGUGUUACCUUUUUCAAAGCAGUAAUACAUUGUUUGGUUAUAUUUCUUGCUGCUAUUGUAUAUUCAUUAAUCCAAAAUUCUCCCCUUGUUGGUUUUCUUCAACCAUAAUGGACAGACUUGUGCUGUAUGCCAUUUGUUUAUUCAGAAUGUAUGCCCUAGAAAGUUACAUGAGUGAACAUAACAUACUCCCAUACUUCUUUUAUGAUAAAAAAAGCAUCAAAUUUUGAAUUAAAAGCUACUGUACAGUAUCUGUCAUCAUUAUGCAGCAGUAAUCAGCUGUGCAAUCAUUCAGUCAAACUGCUCUUCUGGCCUCUAGAGUCAGCUGGUUGAAUCAUAAAUUGCAGAGAUUAAGAUGAAAGUAUAGUGGAUUAUUUAAACAUGUGGGUGGAAAAAAGGUGCAUAAGCCCAUGUAUCCUUUUUCCAGUUGCUGUCUCAGUUAUCCUGCAGUAUAUACCAACCAAUAAAAGUGAAUAACAAGACAACAGUUAGAAAUGAAUUACUGUUUCUCAUACUUUUCAUUCUCUGUGCUGAAAGAUCAUACAGUUUGUUUCAGUUUGGACUCAAUAUAGAGUGAGUGUCCUAUCUCUUAAUUAAGAUGUAAUAGUGGAAAGGUAGUCCCAAUUGAGAAUAUUUUUGGAGUGGAUUUCCAUUGUGAUGUUUUCGUUACAGCUAAGGGAAACUGCCUGUAAACUUUGGUCAGAGCAGAGGGAUCAAUUUUUCAUAUAAUUUUGGGAUCUAUUUUCCAUAUAAUUUUGGGGCAGUGUGUUCCACACAAAAAAAUUCAAAGUCUAAUGUUUACAUAAAUGACUAGUUUAUGUGUGUACAGAGUAAGGUUGAUGACUUUCUUGACAACUGAAUUGUACUUACAUCACUGCUGACUGUGGCUUCGCUUUUAUUUCUUUUUUUAUUAUUACAAGAAAGACCAAAUUUUUACAUUAGCAGAUACCAUAACAUUGCGCAACCUUUAUCCAUAUCUCAGAUUUAUAUGAUUUAAAGUGAAAACUGCUUAACUGCAUUCGAACCAAACUAGAAGAUUUUAUUGAUGAAAAUGAGUGCUACACUACAAGCAUUAAAGCAAUAUUUAUUUAAAUUUAAGAGCAGUUAAUAAAAGUGUAGGAAGUUUGAACAUUUGCUGCACAGUCAGCAGCAGACACAGGCAAGUGCAGAGAACAUGAAGCACAUCAUCAUUUUGAUAAGGAGCCUUAUAGCAUUCAUAGUUCCUAAAAAAUCAUUAGAGCUGAACUCUGUCCGUUCAUUGAGGAGUAUAUUUGAAUGUGUUCUUUUAUGAGCAAAACUUUUUACCUACAAGCACAUUUCAAAUACAGCCCUUAGGUAUCCUGUGCAAAUUUUUCAGAUUAUUUUCUAUGUGGUCCACACCAUAUCUCCAGUCUUGCAGAUGACUAUGCAGGUUGCAUUUACAUAUUUAUUGUUGGUUGUUUUAUCAAUCUGUUAUCAGUUUUUGUUAUGGGAAUGGUGCCAUCUUGACAUGAGAAUAUACAUUCAGCACUGUCUUCAGUGAGGUCUGACUUGCUUUAUUUAUAUUGUAAUGUCAGUCAGUUUCUUCCUUCUUGAUUUUACACUUUCAUAUUUCAUGUACAAUACCUGAAGAAGGCCAUAAGCCAAAAAAAUGUAAUGUAACUAUAAAUUAAAUAAAUUAAAGGUUUUAUAUAGACAGUAAUUGGAAUAAAGUGCAGAAAUGGACCGUAUUUCCUCCAUUGACAAUAAGCUGUUAGUUACAAAUGAACUUCAAAUGCUGAAACUGUUCAUGAGUUUUGUGUUCUUUAAAGAUGACAGUUUUGACCUUUCAUAAGAAUAUUUUGUCAUGUAAUGGCAGUGAAAAAUCAACUGCAACCCUGUAUAUUUGUGUAACACUGGCACAAAAAUAAAUGAAAUGGAAAUAAAUUUGUUUAAGUUUUCUGCUAAAAGUAGCUGCCCACUUAUCUGGUUACAGAUAGUAAAUAAUAUAUAUCGACAUUCCCUGUAGCAGAAAAUUAAUCAGUGGUAAGAAUUUACAUUGUGCUGGUGAAGAGAUUUUGCAUAAAAUUUAAACAAACUUGUACUUUGUGUACCUUAAGCCAUUUCAUAAUUGACCUACAAAUGAAAUGAAAUCAAAAUCAUGUGAAGCUCAUUUAAGACAAAUGUAUUCCCAAGGUAAACUGACUUAAAAGAAAUCAAAAUGUUUAUAUGUUUGCAAAAAUAUUUUCCUAAAUUGUUGUAAUGUCUCUUUCAACCUUUUUUUAUAUUGUUAUAAACUGCUUCAUGUCACAAACUUUUUAAAUAUAGUAUGAUAAAGAUAAUAACACAUUCAGAAGUACAUAUAACUUUAAUUUGUCCUUCAAAUUGUUCAAGUCUAACUGAAAAGGAAAGAAAGAAAAAAUUAUCACACAAAUAAAUUUGAUCCUAUUGCCAAACUUUCUCAGCUUGUCGGACAUAGUCUUGUAAUUCAGUACCAAAUGUGGUCUUUGUUUUUAGCCAAUUUUCAUGUAUUGUGCUAUUGGAAAAGAAUAUGUAAUUGUAUAAUAUCUACAGUCUCCCAGCCAAAGUCUCAGAAAUUCCAAACUGAAGAAAGACUAAGAGUGAUAGCAGAAAAAAAUAAUACAGGUGGAGGUUAAUUUACAUGCUCCAGUUUUCAAUAAUUGCACAGCAGUGCUGAGAUGCUUAUCUUUACUAUUUUGAAACGAAUGUAAGUCAUUUGAAUGAAGGCAAUGGAUACUGUUUGAGGCAUAUAUUGCAGGAAACGUGUUAAGUAUGUUGUUACUGUCUUGUUGUCUAUACCAAUUGUACUUGAAUUUUAUGUGUGAAUAACUCUUUUAUAAGUAAGUUUGAUGUGGAAAAGGUAUAAGAUAAUUGUUAAACCUAAAGGAAUAAAGAUGUGUAUUUAUAAUAGAGAAAAUUGCUACAGAAUUAUUUAUGUGGAGUUUGAGUCACAACAGCAGUAAGUAUUAGACUGCUUUAAUUGAAUUUUUUUUACAAUUCUUGUUCUUCGAUAACCAGUUUUUUUAGGAUAAGUUUGCACCUCUCCUUCUGUUGUAAUGAACACAAAGGUGAUGGAAAAAUCAAAGAACAGAGAAAAUAAGUUCAAAAAUUUUAUUUCAUUAUGUCCAGCAUUAUAACUGUUUUUUCAUCCUUCUCCUUUAUUUAUUUGUAAUCUAUGGAAUCUUUUCUGUUUUUACAGAUCACAGGAAUUCCAAUAAGAAAGAUGAUGUUAAUAUACAUAGAAGUGUAGAGUCUAUUGAGCAUAUUAUAAAAUGUUUGUUGUUGGCAAAAUUGUAUCUUUAUAAAAUAUGUUAUGAAACCAUUAAAUAUUCUUAAGAUAAUGUUGCUGGUGAUGCUUUAUGUACAAGUGUAUAUACAUGAAAAUGAUUCACAUAAAUAUGCAAGCUAUUGUCUACAUGCAAAAGACAAUAGUUGUAUUUUCUUUCAUAGUUAGUGAUUAGGCAAUAGAUAUUGCAUAAAAAUGUUGGAACGACCAGUGGUAACAAAACAAAACCAAGCAGGUAAUCUUAAGUGACUUGAAAUACCCCAUGAGUGUAUUUGAAUUACCAAAAGAACUAAGCAGUAGCAUUAUUUGCAGGAAAUAAAACAUUUCUGUUGGACUUGCUUCUUUUCUUAUUUUCUUAUUUUUUGAAGUAUUUGAAAGUGCAUGUAGCACGUGUAAUUUAAAUAAAAUGCAUUUAAGUGGUUGUAUGUUUUGCAAAGCCACGUGUCUGAAAGUGGUUACCAUCUGUUAACAAAAUGCAUUAUUUGCAGUAUUAAUAGAACUCCUUUUUUAGUACUUGUGUCAUGUGCACUAUUUUCUGAACAGCUUGCUGCAGUAGUUUCGCUCAUACAACAAUGAGAUACCUCAUCACACAUGGGCAGUAGUUCCAACCAACAUUUCUGUUUGUACUAAGAUGUCUUUUAUUCUGCCUGUAAUACUUGUUCAUAAAGGAAUCUCAGUAUGUUGACUGUUGAUCUAGUUAUCAGUGAAAGUUGUACUGAUUUUACUGAUAUAUAUAUGUAUGAAAAAUAUGACUGUAAGGUACUUGUAUGUAUGAGUGUGAUCUUUCAAGCUUUCUCAGUAAAACAUAACCUGCAGGUUUUUGGUUUGCAGCUUAAUGUAAUGAUAGUGUUAACUUGGCUGAAAACUUGCACAUCUGGAGUUUAUAUAUUAGAAUGUCUAUGUGCAGAAAUACUUUAAAAAAAGUCAAUUAUAAGCACAGCUGACUGAAGACACUGUAUUAAUAUUUUUAAUUUCAAUUUCAACCCUGUGAUAUAAUGUAAAAUUAAUAUAUAAUUGCUCAUUAUUUGGUUACCAGACUAUCAGUUGAGCUGUUUAGAUUGUUUGAAUGCACUAUUUUGAAAUGUGUAUGCCUGCAAGAACAGUGAUGUGUUUUACUUUGCUGUAUAUAUGGUAAUUCUGGCCAUAACUGUGCAUCAUUAUUAGUUGAAGAAUAAAAACCUGUUUAAGAAUGACUGUGGCAGAUAUUUGUUGUUUCCUACUGAUGGAAAGUACAGUGCUUUUUACACCUGAAUUGGUCAUAACAUGGAUGUUGUUAUGAUUUAUGUAAAUUUGUCCAUAUGAAAUUAUAGAUACAAAGUCACAAAGAUUUUAUAUUCCUUCCAGCGAUUUUUUAAAAAUGGCAUUUGAACAACACCCAUACAGCCUGCCUCAAAAUGAUAUUUUAACACCU